CAUCCCCACAGCUCCAUCCCUACAGCUCCAUCCCUACAGCUCCACCCCUACAGCUCCAUCCCUACAGCUCCAUCCCUACAGCUCCAUCCCUACAGCUCCAUCCCUACAGCUCCACCCCUACAGCUCCAUCCCUACAGCUCCAUCCCUACAGCUCCAUCCCUACAGCUCCAUCCCCACAGCUCCACCCCUACAGCUCCAUCCCUACAGCUCCACCCCUACACCUCCAUCCCUAUAGCUCCACCCCUACAGCUCAGCUCUACCCCUACAGCUCCAUCCCCACAGCUCCAUCCCCACAGCUCCAUCCCUAUAGCUCUACCCCUACAGCUCAGCUCUACCCCUACAGCUCCAUCCCCACAGCUCCAUUCCCACAGCUCCAUCCCUAUAGCUCCACCCCUACAGCUCCAUCCCUAUAGCUCCACCCCCACAGCUCCAUCCCUACAGCUCCAUCCCUACAGCUCCACCCCUACAGCUCCACCCCCACAGCUCCAUCCCUACAGCUCCACCCCCACAGCUCUACCCCUACAGCUCCGUCCCCACAGCUCCACCCCCACAGCUCAGCUCCGUCCCCACAGCUCCACCCCCACAGCUCAGCUCCAUCCUCACAGCUCGAUGUCUUUCACUUCUUUAUCUCCGCUGCUUGUAUUGUUUCUCAUCUCAGAGACGCCUCAUUUCACAAAGACUUCUUCUUCUUUUCCUCCACCUCUCAUGCACUGUGGUGGGAUCACUCACAGAAAGCAAAGGUACUUUAUUUCACUUUCUCUCUCUCUUCUCUGCGUUCAUUGCUUCCUCAUGCGCUUAAAGCACCGAGCACCGUUUACUUUGUUUAUUCAUCACAUUUCUUAAUUUGUGCUCCGUCAUCUCACUCAUAAAACACACAGAGAGAGUCUGGGAACUGUUUUUA